CCCCUAUGUCAAUCGGCCUACCUGAUCGGCACCAGCUAACUUGGGAAGAGACAGAACCAGUAUCUUCGUGCUUCCCUUCUUCCCUUAUUGGCCUAGCAGAGCUCCAGGGCCUCACUCACUUCCGAGGACUCCUUGGAGCCUGAAGGCCUCUCAGGGGCCCUUCUGAGAUGGCGACAGGAGCGAAGAAUGCCCCAAAUCACGUGAUCUUCAAGAAGAUCUCCCGGGACAAGUCGGUGACCAUCUACCUGGGGAAGAGGGACUACGUUGAUCAUGUGGAUCAGGUGGAACCCGUGGAUGGCGUCGUGCUGGUCGAUCCUGAGCUCGUGAAAGGGAAGAAAGUCUUUGUCUCUCUGACGUGUGCAUUCCGCUACGGCCAGGAAGAUAUUGAUGUCAUCGGCCUGACCUUCCGCAGAGACCUGUAUUUCUCCAGGGUGCAAGCCUACCCCCCUCUCAACCCAAGCUACACACCCACCAAAAUGCAGGAGAGCCUGCUGAAGAAAUUGGGGGUCAAUGCUUACCCUUUUCUUCUCACGUUUCCUGACUACUUGCCCUGCUCAGUUGCUCUUCAACCAGCACCUCAAGACGUGGGCAAGUGCUGCGGAGUGGACUUUGAGGUGAAAGCCUAUGCCACCGACAGCACGGAACCUGAAGAGGAAAAAGUGUCCAAAAAGAGCUCUGUCCGCCUGCUGAUCCGCAAAGUCCAGCACGCCCCUCCUGAAAUGGGACCCCAGCCCCAGAUAGAGACUGCCUGGCAAUUCUUCAUGUCCGACAAGCCUCUGCACCUGGCCAUAUCCCUCACCAAGGAGAUCUUUUUCCAUGGCGAGCCGAUUCCUGUGACUGUGACCGUGACCAAUAACACAGAAAAGACAGUGAAGAAGAUUAAAGUGUCAGUGGAACAAGUUGCCAAUGUGGUCCUGUAUUCGAGUGACUACUAUGUCAAACCUGUAGCCACAGAGGAAUCCCAUGAAAAAGUGCCACCAAAUGGAACCUUAACAAAGACAUUGACGCUUACUCCCUUGCUCGCUAAUAACCGAGAAAGGAGGGGCAUUGCUCUGGAUGGAAAAAUAAAGCAUGAAGAUACGAACUUGGCCUCUAGCACUAUCAUUAAGGAGGGGAUAGACCGAACAGUGCUGGGAAUCCUGGUAGCUUACCAGAUCAAAGUGAAGCUCACUGUCUCAGGCUUUCUGGGAGACCUCACCUCUAGUGAAGUGGGCACCGACUUACCGUUCCGUCUCAUGCACCCUCAGCCUGUGGAUCCAGCCAAGGAGAGCUCAGCGGGUGAAGAUCUGGUCUUUGAGGAGUUUGCUCGUCAAAAUCUGAAGGAUGCGGCUGAUAAUGAAGAAGAAAAGAAAGAUAAAGAAGCACAAGGGAAUGAUGACUGAAUGGUGCUGGUAGAGAGAACGUAGUUCCCAGAAUUGUGGCUCUAGAUCUGGAAGGGACCUUAAAGGUCAUUUAGUUCAACCCCCUCGUUUUACAGAGGAAGAGUCAAGGCCCCAUGUUUCCUUCGAUGUCAUAAAAGUGGAACAAACUUAGUUAAGCAAAGUCAUAGUAAUAUCUGUCCCUUGGGGAGACAAACCUCAUUAAAAACACUCUCCAGGUAAACUAAGUCAGCUUGGAGGUUAAACCACUUAGAGGGCUCAGCGUGUACUAAUUUGAGAGGGGAGAUUUCCAUGUCCCCAAGGUCAUUGAGAAAGCUCAGUGAACAUAAACGCCGUGAAGCAAACGAAACAAGAAGCCGAAAGCAUCCAAUAAGGAUCAUCGAAAUCCA